UGCAGCAUAAACUGUUGAGGUGAUCCAUGGCAACAGAGGAGCAGCAACCAACCGCUGAGUGAGCCUCACACACACACACAUACACAUACACACACACACACACACACACACAUUCACACACUCACUCACACAUACCUUCAAUCUCUUCACACUCAACGUCAAUGUUAACCGGAAUGCACCGAGGGAGGAAUCACUCGUAACGGCUCCCGUUGACUGAUUUUCCCGUAUCAAGGUGACCGACCGGGAGCCAGCCAGCCAGUUGCCCGAAAAACAAAGCUCCACAUCGGCGCCAGGUGACAGCAGGCAGCACCCGCACCUCGGAGCACUGAAAACGGACACAUUUUUUUCUUUUGACAAGAUGGUAGUUGCGAACGUUUCUGGGGCUUAAACCACAAAUAUCACCCUUAGUAUCCGGAUCUGAGCAAAAUGAGAGCAAUUCUUAACAGUUUGUGGGCAAAAAAGACUUAAUUAUCUUUAUUAUUAUAUAUUUUUUUGUUGUUGUUGUGCCUCUCUCUGCAAAAACCAGACACUGUCCCGGUCCUCUCUCAGCAGCAGCGUCCAGCUCAUUAUUACAGCUCCCGUAUCUCUCUCCAGCAUCUCAAGCAUCGUAGUGAAGAUGGCGACUGGGUCGGGUUGGCAGCAGUAUUACUGCCCUGCCGGUCAGGGGAAAUUUAGUUCAUCCUCCGCAUCCAGCGUGUCCUUUCAGACCGGCAUCGCCAUGGAAUAUACCCAAGACCUGCACCUGAAGAUGAGCAAGAAAAUAGCACAGCUAACAAAGGUUAUCUAUGCACUGAACACGAAAAACGACGAACACGAGGCGGCCAUCGCCACUCUGAAGGAGGCCCAUGAAGAGGAGGUGCAGCAGAUUCUGUCUGAGACCCGAGAGAAGAUACUACAGUACAAGAGCAAGAUCAGCGAUGAGAUGGACCUGAAGAGGCGGAUCCAGUCUCUGGAGGAGUCCAUGGAGCUGCACGAGAGGAUGAAGAGACAAGCACUGGCCGAGUUCGAGAGCUACCGUCAGAGGGUGGAGGACAUGCAGCUUUGCACCGAGGCUCAGCACACGCAGCGCGUGGUCUCCAUGUCGAGGGAGGUGGAGGAGAUGCGACGGUCCUUUGAGGAGAAGCUGCGUACGUUCAGCCAGGCCCAGACCCAGUUCGAGCAGGAGAAGAGGGCUGCUCUGGAGGAGCUAAAGGCCCAGCACAGACAAGAGAUCCAGGAGCUCCUCCGCAGCCACCAGAGCCAGAACGCAAACUACAGUAAAGACCAGGAGAAACUGGGACAGCUCCAUAAAGCCGAGGUGGAUUCUCUGACGGAGCGGGUGGAGGAGCUCAAACAGGACAAGAAGAGACUUGUGGAGGAGUACGAGGCCAAACUCAGCAAGGCUCAGGCCUUUUAUGAGCGCGAGCUGGAGGCCAUGAAGAGAACUCAGCAGCUGACCGCUGACAACCUGUUGGCAUGGAAACGCACCGAGGCCGAGCUGCGGCGGGAAUUUCAGACUCAGGAGGCGGCACUCCAGAAGACCCUCGGAAAACUGAGGGCCGAGUUGGCCAGGGUGACGGAUGAAGCUCGUGAAAACCGGGAGAAGUCCCACAAGCUUCAGGCGUCACUUGCCGUCGCCGAGACCAACGUCAAGGACUUAAACAAACAGCUGGACGAGGUGACCCAGAACUCAGAAAUUGUGGAGAUCCGUCAGAAGGAAGCUGAGUGUGAACUAGAGGCAGCCAGAGACCGAGUUCAGCAGCAAGCAACUGAAAUACUGCUCAAAGCCAGUCAGAUAAGCAGCCUGCAGGCCACCCAGAUGACCCAGGAAGCAGCCAUCAGGGACCUGGACAACGAGCGGAGCCGGCUGAAGGACAAAGUGCUGAGGAUGGAAGAAGAGAGGGAGUCUCUGCAGAGGCAGUGCCAGGCCCUGGACGAAAGACAGAAACAACAGCUCCAGUCCCUGGAGAAGACCCUGCUCGAGGAGAAGGCAUCCCACGAGAAGGAGAUGAGCAAUGUGCGAGCUCGAUCUGAAGAUGAGGCCAGCCAGAUGAAGGAGAGCCAGGCUCGAGCUCUGGAGGAAGUCGGCAAGAAACACAGAGUGACCCUGGAGAACGCUCUCAACAACGCUGAAAAGGACAAGAACCGCCUGCUGGCUGAGCUGGAGCAGCAGUUUGAGAGAGAGCGCCUCUCGCUGGAGGAGCAGAAGACGCUCCUCAGGCAGCAGCUGGACGAGCUGAGAGACGAGCUGACCUCCAAACUCACUGCGGCCAAUGAGGAGGUGACUCGGCUGCAGCAGGAGGUGCAGCAGGGGGAGCAGGACAUCGGGACAGCUGAGGGACAGAUCUCCACACUAAAGGAGGCGCAGGACAAACUGCUGGAGGAGCUGGACGCUACCAGGGCCCGACUGAGAGAGACCAGCAACCUGCUGACUGCACUGCAGGGAGAGUUGGAGACCCAAAAGCGGCAGCAUGAAGCCAAACUCAUCACCACCAAAGAAGAAGAGAAACACAAGAUGGACAAGAUGGCUCUGGAGCUGGAGCUCAAAUGGACUGAAACACUCAGGCAGGAGUGUAAGAAGCUACGCGAGGAGCUGAGAGAGGAGCACGAGGAGGACAAGGCGUCAGCACUGGUUCAGCUGGCACAAAGCAAGGAGCAGGAAAUGAGCAACGCCAGGGAGAGCUGGCAGAGGAAAGUGGAGGACCUGCUGGAACAGAUCUCCCUGUUGAAGCAGAGUCUGGAGAUGCAGCUGUCCCAGUCGCAGUCGUCGCUGCAGCAGCUGCAGCACCAGUUCAGCCAGGAGAGGGAGCACCUGAGGAUGCAGCUGGACGAGCUGCAGACGGAGCACCAGAGGCGACAGCAGCGUCUGCAGGAGGUCCACUGCUGCUCCAUGCAGGACAUGGAGCACGCCCGGCAGAGGGACCUGAAGGACUUGGAGGAGCGUCUGCGCCACCAUCACCAUGCAGAGCUGCAGUCUCUGAGAGAGGCUCACCGCCAGAGCAUUGAGACGCUCAAGCAGCAGUCGGAACAGGAGCUGCAGACGCUCCGCUUUGAACUGGAGGACGAGGGCAAAGCCAUGCUGGCCUCUCUGCGAUCGGAGUUGAACCACAUCCACGCAUCAGCCAUCGAACACCUGAGACAAACCCACCAACAGGAGUCAGCUGCUGCCAAAAAGGAGCUGGAGAAAACACUGGAGAACAACCGGACACAGGAGCGUGAGCUGUUGGGCCGGAUCACUGAGCUGCAGGAGGAGGUCUCCAGGAGGAAGAACCACAUCGCCCAGCUGGACCACCAGAUCCACACACUCAACGAGAAUAUCAGCACUCUGACUAAAGAGCUGGAGCUCAAGGGCAAGGAAGUGCUCAAGAUCCGCAGCGAGGCCAAUCAGCAGAUCAGGGCUCAUGAACAAGAGUUGACGAAGAGGCACGAGAGGGAGCUCGCCGAGAUGAACGCCCUCCACAGCAGAGAGACGCAGAACAUGCUGUCAGACUUCAACAAAGCCCAGGAAGUGCUCAAAGACAAGAUCUCCGCCCUUCAGAUCCUGCUGGAAGGAACAGAGGAGAAGUUCAGGAACAGGGAAAGUCGUCAUGAGGAUCUGCAGAUUAUUGCUGAGCUGAAGGACAUGGUGUCUGAGAGAGAAUCGCUAGUCAAGAAACUGGUGGACGAUAAGAAGUUCUACCAGCUGGAACUUGUCAACAGAGAGACCAACUUCAACAAAGUGUUCAACGCCAGUCCUAACGUAGGAGUCAUCAACCCGCUCAUUAAGCAAAAGAGAAAGAAUGAGAAAACAGCAGCCAGCAGAUUCAGCAGCUCUUCUAAUGUCAGGGCUAUGGAGGCAGCGGGUGUGGGCGUGGGCAUGGCAGGUUCAGGAAGUGGGCAGCCCCCACAGCCCCCACCUCCUCCCCCAGCCCAGCCCAGCCGCCUAGAGCCCAUCCCCAACUCCCCCCUCCACCACCUUGAACUCAACUCCAACAAACCUCUUCCCCCGCCGACCCCUCCCACCGAACCCAAGAAAUUCAUGAGCAUGUGGCACACGCAGCACAACUCGAAAUGGGACUAUUUUUGCACAAACCCUCCUGAAACCAAGGACUCCGCCAUCGACUCCCCGGACGCCCAGCGCCAGGAGUGGUUCGCUCAAUACUUUUCCUUUUGAUUGACCACAAACCUGCAAAAACACAAGGAUUCAGCAUGUCAACCAAACUUGGGGAAAAAAACUAAAAAACUAAGUUUAAAAAAAAAAAAAAAAAAACACAGGAAAAAAAGAGAAAAAUGUUAAAACUAUUUGUUCUUUAUUGUCAUUGAUAGGUUCGGGGAUCAAUUCACUUCAGAUUCAGUCAACUGAAACCUGCAAUUCACGGUUUUAGAGAAUCAGUUGUCACGGAUCUGUCAGCGAAACACAUACGGGCAGAACUCGAUGUCAUUCAUUCUCACUCUGGUAAAAGAUGUAAUGAAUAUCCACUUCCUGGUGUUGACUGAGGUGAAAGCGGAUUGAACCCGAUCCCGACCGUCAAAUGUCAUCACUCUGAUCUGAUUUGAUUGUUUGAUUAUCUCUGAUUGUUUCACUGUGGACGAGUUCUCUCUCUUAGUACAGUGACAAUGAUCAUCAGUAUGUUGGAUGUUUUCUUUUUUUAUUUCUUUACUUCCUGACUUAUUUUGCAGUUUCUCGGAACUAGAAAAAAACAUGAGUGGUGCAUUUAUCAUGCUGCUAAUUGCCAUCGUUGGACUACAGUAAGAAAUAUAUAUAUAAAGAAAUAUUCGGUAGGUUAUUGUGCUCUCUCUGUACCUGGGCCCACUGCAUACAGCAUCUUAGACUAGGAGCGAUGAUCUAAGACCAGUCUGCCUCCUCAUUUAUGGUGACAUUUACAUGGACCUGAUCCUAGAUCAGUUACACUUACUCUGAUAUGCUCCAUGAAUACAGGCUCUGAUUUUAGGACGGCACCAUCAUGGCAAGUUUGUUACAGCUGCAUAGAAGUUUCAGCAGAUUUUGGUAGAAUAUUAAAACCUGUUUGUAUGGUUGUCUGUCUCAACACAGAUAUAAUGAUGUCUCACCAAUUUUAAAAACAAAAAUAGCAUAUUUUAUAUUUAUAUUAUAAUGUGUAUGCUUAAUAAAUAAUUAUUGUGACAUUUA